GGCAUGUUGCUGACCAGCGGUUGCAAAAGAACUUUCUGAAAUGGCGGCGGUUCAGCUAUGACCACCAGUUCUGCGACCCGAUUGUACGUCGAUUCUGUCGAUUAUCUGUCGACUUCUCCCGUCGAAAUGCCAUACGAGGAAGUCCCACUUAGUAAUCUUGGGUCGAACGGUUACAAGAAGCUGCGAAACAAGGCAAAGUCGCGAUCAAGCCCUGAGGAAGAACUGGGUUAUGGCUCGACGGACGAUGCUCCGCUGAUGGUGGACGAUGUUGACGAUGAUUUUGACGAAGAUCAGGCUCUUUCGGAGGGCUAUCAGUCGUCUGAUAGCGGAGCUAAAGACAAAAAGAAAUGGAAAAAUAAACGGAAGAAGGAAGGUUGCUGUAAGCGAUGUUGUAGAUUCUGGUGUUGCUGCGGAUUUUUGACGUCCUGUAAAAGUUGUUUUGAUAAACUAGCAGGAAAAAUUGAGAUGAAACCCAGGACAGUUGUGUUAGGAAGAGAGUCUGCCACUCAGAAGUUUCCUCGUAAUGUCAUUUGUAAUCAGAAAUACAAUAUCUUAACUUUCAUCCCAUUGACUUUGUACAACCAGUUUAAGUUCUUCCUUAACAUGUACUUCCUUGUGGUCGCCACUUCUCAGUUUAUUCCUGAACUUAGAAUUGGAUAUCUUUACACUUACUGGGGUCCUCUGGCUUUUGUUGUGUUUGUAACAAUGUGUCGGGAAGCUUAUGAUGACUCUUUGAGGUUCAGAAGAGACAGAGAGGUCAACUCACAGCUUUACCAGAAGCUCACAAAGAAAGGUAUUGUUAUGGUGCCAAGCUCAGCUAUCAAGGUGUCUGAUCUUAUCAUAGUUGAGAAGAAUCAAAGGGUUCCUGCCGAUAUGGUGUUUCUGAGAACUUCAGAAAAGACUGGGGCAUGCUUUCUAAGAACAGAUCAAAUGGAUGGAGAAACUGACUGGAAGCUGCGUUUGACUGUAGCACCCUGCCAGAGACUGCCUUGUGAUGCUGAUAUGCUGAACAUUAGUGCAUCUGUGUAUGCAGAGAAACCACAGAAAGACAUUCAUAGUUUUGUUGGCACGUUUACAAGGUACGAUGGAGAAAGGACUGAAAUUCCUCUCAGUAUAGAGAAUACCAUGUGGGCCAACACGGUGAUAGCAUCAGGCACUGCUGUUGGAGUGGUGAUCUACACAGGUUCAGAGACAAGAAGUGUAAUGAACACAUCAAACCCCGAAACAAAGUUUGGGCUUAUUGAUGCUGAGGUGAACAAUCUAACCAAAGUGUUGUUUAUAGCCACUCUCAGCCUUUCUCUGGGCAUGGUAUCGAUUAAGGGUUACAAUGGGCCUUGGUAUCGUUACUUCAUUCGUUUCAUCCUCUUGUUUUCGUACAUCAUUCCUCUAAGUCUCCGGGUGAGUUUGGAUCUGGGUAAAGUUGUGUACUCAUGGAUGAUAAUACACGACAAAAAUAUUCCCGGGACAGUGGUGCGGAGCAGUACUAUACCAGAGGAACUGGGGCGAAUAGGAUACUUACUGUCCGAUAAAACGGGGACUCUGACUGAAAAUGAAAUGGUUUUCAAACGUCUUCACUUGGGAACCGUAUCUUUCGGAACAGAUUCCAUGGAGGAGGUUAUAAGCCAUGUGAACACGUCCUUUGAUCCAUCAUCAUCCAAAAAGACUGCACAGGGAUCAAAGGUUCGUCGAACGGUUGUCUCGCGUGUCCAUGAAGCCGUCAAAGCACUUGCGUUAUGUCACAACGUCACACCAGUUACUGAGGAGACUGAAAUCGACGAAUCCGCUCGGGUACGUUUGGAAAGCGUGACCAGUGAUGACAGCGACGUCGAAGGAAGUGCAGGAGGAAACAAUAGGGCCGUGACAUAUCAGGCAUCCAGUCCAGACGAGGUUGCCUUGGUGACGUGGACGGAGAGUGUAGGGUUGACCUUGGUCCAUAGAGAUAUCACGAGCAUGCGCUUGAAGACUCCUCACGGCCAAAUACUUGUGUACAACAUCUUGCAGAUAUUUCCAUUUACCUCAGAAACGAAAAGAAUGGGUAUUAUCGUCAGGGAUGAUGCGACAGGUGAAAUAACCUUCUACAUGAAAGGUGCUGACACAGUCAUGAGCAGCAUUGUACAAUAUAAUGACUGGUUGGAGGAAGAGUGCGGUAACAUGGCUCGUGAAGGUCUCAGAACUCUUGUUGUUGCCAAGAAAACCUUAACUGAAGAUCAGUAUCAAGACUUUGAGCAUCGGUACAUGCAAGCCAAACUAAACAUUUCUGACAGGGCGGCCAAGGUAAUGGACGUUCAAAGAACUUUGGAGCACGACUUAGAGUUGCUUUGUUUAACUGGAGUUGAAGACAAACUACAGGUGGAUGUUCGUCCUACCCUUGAGAUGCUUCGAAAUGCGGGAAUCAAGAUUUGGAUGCUCACAGGGGAUAAACUAGAAACAGCCACAUGCAUCGCGCAAAGUUCACGCCUUGUAGCAAGGAACCAAAUUAUUUACACAUUUAAACAGAUAAGUAAUCGUUCUGAAGCACAUUUAGAACUUAAUUCACUAAGGAGGAAAAAUGAUUGUGCACUGAUAAUCAAAGGGGAUUCCUUAGAGGUUUGCUUACGUCAUUAUGAGCACGAGUUCAUGGAGCUGGCGUGUCAGUGCCCUGUUGUGGUGUGUUGCCGCUGUUCACCUCAACAGAAGGCGGAUAUUGUCAAGUUGCUAAAGAAACACACUGGAAAGAGAACGUGUGCCAUAGGCGAUGGUGGAAAUGACGUCAGUAUGAUUCAGGCAGCGGAUGCUGGAGUGGGGAUCGAGGGAAAAGAAGGUCGCCAAGCUUCGCUCGCUGCGGAUUUCUCCAUCACGCAGUUUAGAUACCUAGGACGACUUUUGGUGUGGCACGGUCGAAACAGUUACAAGCGAUCAGCAGCUCUCGGUCAGUUUGUGAUCCACAGGGGACUGAUUAUUUCUGUAAUGCAGGCGGUGUUCUCUUGUGUGUUCUAUUUUGCCUCAGUGUCACUUUUCUCUGGGUUUCUCAUGAUUGGGUAUGGCACAGUGUACACAAUGUUUCCAGUUUUCUCUCUCGUGUUGGACGAGGAUGUUCCUGCUGACAUCGCUUUGAUUUACCCAGAGUUAUACAAAGAUUUAUCCAAGGGCAGGUCACUCUCCUACAAGACUUUCUUUAUUUGGGUUCUGAUCAGUAUAUAUCAAGGUGGAAUUAUAAUGUUCGGCGGUCUUCUUCUGUUUGAUCAGGACUUUAUUCACGUGGUGUCCAUAACUUUCACUGCGUUAAUUCUCACUGAACUGCUGAUGGUGGCGCUGACCAUACGCACAUGGCACUGGCUCAUGUUACUAGCUGAAGUCAUUAGUCUUGCACUUUACAUUGGUACACUCAUCGUUUUGAGGGGUUACUUUGACCAAAAGUUCCUGGUGUCGACUGAAUUUUUGUGGAAGGUGGUUGUCAUCACUUUAGUCAGCUGUCUACCGCUCUACAUUUUAAAGUAUCUCAGGCGUAAAUACGCUCCACCCAGCUAUUCAAAGCUGACGAACUAACGAGCGCUGUGUCACAGAAGAAACACAGUCACGUAUUACAGUAAAACAUCCACUGCUUGCUGCGCAGAGAAAUUUGUAAUAAAUUGGAUCAAGAGGUUGUGAAAUUAUCACGAAAAUCUCAGGGAAUAUAUUUUUUAUACAGAAGAUACAAUUAGAUGUAGCUAGCAAAUCGAGAGAAGGAUAAGUAAUGGUAAUGGGACUGAGUGGAGUCCAAUUCUUUAUAGUAACUGGACUGGUGGAAUACAAUUCAGGGAGUGAUCGAGCGAGUAAUUUCAAAAUCGAUCGAGCGCUCAGCGCGAGGCAGAUUUCACAGGCGUUUCUUUCCCACCAUCUUGUCACGUUGCUAUGUUGUGACGUCACAGUAAGAGAACAACCUGGGAUUAUGUUCUGACGAAAGUAGACGCGCAAUAGCCCUUUUCACGGUUAAUUUUUCUCAUUUGCAUUACAAUGUAAUCCAACGUGGAUGCGAGGUGAUUUCGGG